UCAAAAUACAUUCGCGGGAGAAAGGGAAUUUCCAUAUAAUUCAAUGUUUUAGGAGAGUAAGCUUUUCGCCGCUAAACGUAGAAAUAUAAUUCCCACGUAACAUGUGUUUUUGCAAUUACAGCAACAGUAUUGGAAGUAGUGUUACGAAUGUCAUUUCAUGAAAUGUCACCUUCCAGUUUCUUAAUUUUAUCUCGAAUGUUUUUGUUUACAUUUCGAUCAUGGCUGAAACUGUGACAAUUCGCCUCUCUCAAGACAAUUGCGGUGAUGACAAGCGGAGCUCUUCGCCCAGACCGAGUAAUUUAGUGCUUGGAGGUGGCAGUGAUGGAGAUUUUGACGAUGGUGACAAAGAUUUUGUCCAUGAGCAAAAUUUUGCAACAGGACAAAACUAUCAAGGACCUCAUGAUUGGAGAAAGCGAUUGAAACCUGUCAAAUCUCCGAUUAAAACAGAUGAUGAACAAGAUAUCAAUGGGGACGGUAAAGAGAAUGGGGAGGAAAAACCAAAGAGCCGGCCGCUGCCACCAUGGAAAAGAGACCUGAUUGAGAGAAACAAGAAAGUGGCCCGGCUUGUUCGAAGGGAAAGCUCCGGAAGAAGAAAUCCUGUGGUAAGACGGGAAAGUUCCGGGAGAUCCAAAAAGGGAAGUGAGUCACCCAGUGCCCUUGGAAGAAAGAGAUCAUUACGUAACCAAUCCGGGGCAGCAAGUGCCUUUGCUCAGCAGGUUGUCAACGAAAAUGUCGGCUCAAGGCGCAGAAUUUCCCCUGCUAAUUCUUUUCAAAGUAGUGGAAGCAGUGUACGGCGAACCCCCUCAGACAAAGUCCUUGACCCAAAUGACCCGAACACCCGUAAGCUGGUGGAGCGUGUCCGGAGAGCCCGAUUGUAUCUACUUCAGCAGAUGGGGCCUAAUUCUUUCCUCAUUGUGGGGGACUCGCCCGAACACAAGUUCAAGGUCAUCAUUGGGCCACAGACAUGUAGCUGUGGCCGUGCCCAGCACUGCGUGCACGUGCUGUUCGUGAUGCUGCGGGUCUUCCAGGUUCAGGAGCAGGAACCCUGCCUCUGGAGCAAGAAAUUAAAAAACUACGAGGUUGAGAACUUAUUCCGGAUGUACCAUGACAAGCGAACUUUGAAGAUUGAGGCUAAGAAGUUACGCCGCACUACGAAGAUUUCCCUGAGUGCCUCUCACAGUCCAUCCCUGGAGGAAACCCACUCUCCGUCUGAAUGUGACACUGCGAGUGUACGGGAAGAGGAUGACACGUGUCCCAUCUGCCUGUUGGAGAUGUUGGAGGGUGAGAGCCUUCUCAAGUGUGAAGCCUGCCAGAAUAAGCUCCACCACCACUGCAUUACCGUCUGGUUUGAGGAAUGUAAGAGACAAAAAGAGCCCCUGAUUUGCCCGCUGUGUAGAACCCACUGGAAGAAAGUCAAUGUGGAAAUUCACGGUGAGGAGUCGAGCACAGACCCCCUGCUUGCACCCCCAAACACUCGUGCCCCCUCUCCCCAACAUGAGAAUGAGAUGGUACGACUGCCUUAUGCAGAGCCCAUACCUAGUGAGCAUGUGAGCCUGGCUACACCAUGGAUUGAGACUCUUGGUGAAGACUUGAUCACAUGCCUGUUUUCCCGUAACUGGUCAAUCCGGGAGACAGGACUCAAGCACUUGUCAGCGGAGAUGUCACGGGAACUUGGCGCGCUGGCCCGGGAGACUAAAACGGGCUGCUCGCUCGCGAAUGAGGAGAGGCGGGUUCAGCUGAUGGAGGUCUGUUUCAAGGUGGUCACCUUCAUGUGUCAGGAUCCCGUCUACAAAGUGUUCGUGGGAUGCCUGAAAGUGUUACGUACAGUGUUGAGCCUAGUGCCUUCACGAGAUUACCCUCAGAGAAACAAGAUACAGUCGCUUUUUAGACCUGUCCUGGAUGCAGUUAUUAUCAAGUGUACGGAUGGCAACAAGCGUACAAGUGAACUAUCCAUAUCAACAAUGAUGGAAAUAGCUAAAGGUCAGAAUGGUGAACUGGCUCUAGGCACAAACAUUAGGAACCCAGGGCAGCUUGGUCUCGGAGGGAUGGCGUACCUAGUGGCAUGUCUGACAAAGAAGUUUGAACCAGCCGAAGUGUCCUGGCAGUGGUUGCUAGGAAGACUGUAUGUGGUUGAGCGACUUGUUAUUGACUUUCCCACUGAGUUUCUGCCCCGACAACGACCCGAUGGGGCUAGCUCUGAGAGUUCAUUAGAGCUUAUUGGAGCAGCUUUUAAUGGGGAAGAAGAAGAAAAACCACAGAACUAUGACAGGUUGUUGAUAGUGGCCGAGUUUGCGAUUCAAGCUGUGACUAAUCAACAUGCUCGGAUAAGUAGGGUUGCCAAAAGGGUAUUUUUGCUAGCUGCAAGGUAUGCAGCUCAUUUAGAAAACUUGAUAAAAGAGUUUAACAAUUUGCUCAAUGAGUUGGACUUCACACAUAAAAAAUCUUUAAAGCGCCAGUUGGAUAAGAUAGUAGCUGAUUUUCAGCUUUCUGAGCAGCUUGGGAGACAUUUGCAUGGCUACAAAGACCCCUCGCCUGGAGAUACUCCCAACAGGAGCCCACUGUCUUCACCUAAGUGUACCUCCCCCGUCACUACAAUGUCAGAGGCUCGGUCAGAAUGUAGCAUCGCUAAGACAAAUGGGCAUCACUCUCUUGUACCUCCAAAUACCCCCAUACGAGACAGACACUCACACAGACAGACAAUGGAUGAUUUACUGUCUGGGGUAGGUGGUAAUAAUGAUGAGACAGUAACACUUCAGGCCGAUUAUGGAAUGUCCAAAAGUCUGGAUGAUCUGGAUUCUAUCAACACAACAAAGAAAAAGAAGCCAAGAGGUACAAGAAAAUCUAAAUCUCCCUUGAGGAAAGCUCAAGGAAAAUCAAGGUCAAGGUCCCGAACCCCCAACAGGAUUGGUCCAGUUUUGGAGACCGACCUUGAUGAAGUAAUAAAACAAGAAGAACAACGACUUAGGCUCAACUCCUUUGGGAGAAAUAUGUCAGUCGACUCAGUAUACGAUGUAAAUGAGGAGGAUGGCGAGGACGGAGACUUAUCAGCAUUUCUCUCCCCCUCCCCAACAGUACAGGCAUUAGCUGACCUUCACAGUCCAACCUUCCGACUGCUCCCACAUGACAUAGAGACAGAUAUUGACACAGAAGAGCAAGAUAUUGACACACUUAUCAGGACUACCCGCGGUUCUUGUGAUGACUUAUUAAAUCUUGGUGCUGCAGAACCCAUGGAAGUGUUUCAAACUCCAAGAAUAAAAUUGUCCAAAAUGCAAAAACCAUUGUCUCUGGAUCUUCAUCUGGAUGGUAAUGGUAAAAAAGACCACCAUAAGUAUAAACGCUCAAUGUCACCUAGUGCUCAUGUAUAUGAAAUACAGCGUCUUUCAGCAAAGGAAAAUGCGUCCGAAACCCCAUGCCAGAACUCCAUAUCACAAUCAAAUAAGUCCAUCAUUGCAUGCUCAUCAGAGAAAUCCAUUCCAGCAAAGAAUACAAACCGAGAAAUUAAAAAUGACAAAAAUGGCCCUCAUGCAAAGUUAACAGACACUUCUCGGCAGACCUCAGUUUGUUCAGAGAAGGUCAGUUACAAGAAAACAAACAGAAAGUCUGAUUCAAUGGAUGAUUUGGUAGACUAUAUGGCCUCUACCCCCUGCUCGGGCACUGAACGCCCGGUCACCUUCAAGACUGAAGUUGCCAUGGCUACCCCAAAACAUUCUCCCAGUCAGACUCUUGAUAAAGAUGAUGAUGAGUGCCUGUGUAAAGAGGAAGUUGAGAAGGAGGAGGCCCUGGCUUUGGCCAAGGCAAUGGAGGUGUCUGCCCAUGACCCUCCGACCCCCAUUGUGCCUGGCCUCACCCCCCACGACCAAGAACAGGUCAUCACCAUACGCAUACAGCCAGAUGCAUGCGAGGAGGUUGACAGCGAGGUUGGUAAUGCUCCAAGUCUCUACUAUGAGAGCGUGCACUGGGUGAAGGGGCCGUUGCUGGGGACUGGGGCAUUUAGUACAUGUUACCAGGCACGUGAUGUAAAGACAGGAACUAUAAUGGCUCUUAAACAGAUAUCGUUUUGCCGGAACUCUCGGUCAGAACAGGAGAAGGUUGUAGAGGGGAUUACGGAAGAGAUCCAUAUGAUGGCCAAACUAAGCCACCCUCACAUUGUCCGCAUCCUUGGGGCCACACGGCAGGGAUGUCACUUUAACAUGUUUGUGGAGUGGAUGCCAGGAGGGUCUGUGGCGUAUGUACUGAGCACGUACGGAAAGUUCUCCGAGGAUGUUAUGACAAGCUACAUGUUGCAGGUGCUUCGAGGGAUAGCGUAUCUCCAUGACAACCACAUCUUACACAGAGACCUCAAGGGUGCAAAUCUGUUGGUGGACAGUACAGGCCAGCGAGUGCGACUUGGGGACUUUGGGUCUGCGGCCCGGCUUGCCUCAAAGGCCACAGGGGCUGGGGAGUUCCAGGGACAAUUGUUGGGAACCAUCGCUUUCAUGGCACCAGAGGUAUUGAGGGGAGAGAACUAUGGCCGUGCGUGUGAUGUCUGGAGUGUAGGCUGUUGUCUUAUAGAGAUGGCCACUACCAAGCCACCAUGGAAUGCUAAUGAUAUCUCCAACCACCUGGCUCUCAUCUUUAAGAUAGCAAAUGCCCAGUCCACCCCUCCGAUCCCUGAUGGCCUUUCACCCCCACUUAGGGACCUUUUACUGCGAUGUCUCGAGCCUACCAAGGAACAGCGGCCCUCGGCCAAAGAGCUUCUCAUACACCCUCUGUUCACUCAGUACAUGCAGAGUAGGGUUUGAACUCGGCCAUGGGACUUGCUCAGUCCAGCCCUGGGACUUUCUCAGUCAACCCUUUCAAUCCCCAACGCCCUAUCGCUACCUUACAGGAACUGCAAUAUAUGGAACCUACAAAUAAACAGCAGCCUUAAGCCAAGGAGCUGCAAGUACACCCACUAUUCAGAACCAGUUCUUCACUCAGCACAUACACAGCAGUUUAGAUCGGAUCACUGCCUGUGAAUUUUAUGGGUUGUUGCUUGGAUACGAGUUUAGAUAAGAACACUGUCCUGGCAAUAUUUGAGUAGUUGCCUCGAUACAAGUUUGGAUUAGAACACUGGUUGAAAAUAUGUUGCUGAUAUAGAUACAAGUUGCAGCUUUGUGGGAUAUGUUUGUAACUCCCGCCAAAGCAGUCUUUCUUUUAAACACAUAUCAAUUAAAUACAAAAAUAAAAUUGGCUAUGAAAGCAGUGACCAUUCAUGUAUUUCAAGGCUGUAUAAAUUAUUAAAGGAUGUUCAUACUUUUUUUUAAAGAGUUUGUUUUUCAUUAUAUGCUUUCCAGUGGUGUAUAAAGAUGUUUCAGUUAAAUAUAUAUUUGAUAUCUCUCUAUUUUAAAAUAUUCACCUAUUUCGCUGUACAAAUCAAACACCAGCACGCACACACACGCUUUUGCAGUUAAAUGUAAACUAGAAAUUUUGAAUUAAAUCAAAAUUGUUUGUUCCAGUAUAUUUCAUCUCCUGAAAAUAAAAAGCCACAUGCUUUUGUGAAACUAUAACUUCUGGUGGUCACAUACACAAUUGAUAUCCUACUGACACAAACAAUUAUCAAUAUAACGUAGAUACAAUUUUGUUUUUUUGCUGAAGAAUGUUAUAUUGUAUUUUUAACUCGUUCUUAAUGCUACUGCUCCUAUGAUUAACUGCUUAUUGUUCAAGGGAACGAAAUGCAGAAUAUUUUAUAUGCAUAAUUUGACCAGCUGUCAAUCUAUAGCCAAGUGUUCAAUAGAUUUUAAAUUAUUUUUAUAUGUUUUACAUGAAUGAGGACUGUUCUUUUAAGUUUGUGGUCAGGAGAAGAAUUCAUUCCACCAAUUUUUGAUGUAUUCAAUAUAACAUAUACAACAUAAACAACAUGUCAUUCAUUAUAAUGAAAUAACAUAAAAAGAAUCUAUCGGAAGCCUUUCUAUGUGCAGUUUUAACAACCAACCUUUAGAGGUUGAUGAAGUGUUAGGGUGCCGUGAAGUAAAAAAUAUAUAUAUUAAUUUCAAAGUCAUCUGCCCAUAUAUGUGCAAUACUUUGUUGAUAUUUUUGUUACUUUCUUAAUUGUUUAUAUAAAAAAACUGUAAAAGAUCAGUAAAUGGUAAUUUUGACCUCAUGCCAUAGGUAAUUUAAGGUGCUUUUAAAAACAGUUUCCUGUAGUUUCAGCCAGAAUUGGAUAUGAUUUAUACCUAAUUUGGAGAGACUGUACUUGUAUGCACAUUCCUAUCAAAUGUAAAAAUAAUCUGGUGUUAUUGGAAUAAACAUUUCCUGACAAGGAUUUGGUAUGCUAUUUUUACCCAUGAGUUUCUUAAUCCCAUAAAAAUUCUUAUAAUGUUUAUGAUCACAUUCAAUUUUGUUUAAUGAUUAAAAGAGGUAUUCAAAGUUUUAAAUAUCAUAUUGAGUAUUAUUUCAUAUGAAAUUUGUAUUGUGCAAACUUUGUUUAAUGUAUUUUAGAACAUGAAGCAUUUUCAAAGUGCUCCGUGUUCCAUACUCUCAGUUUGCUUAGCAACGUUUCUAGAAUAUAAUACAGUCGUAUCUAUAAAAUAUGUUUCUUAAUGAUCCGAAAUAGGCGACCCUUCAAAAAUGUAAAUAAAGAUUGCAUUAAUAAAUUAAUAUUUAAAAAUACUAAUCUUGUAAACCUACUUUAAGGACAGACUUUGUAUAUUUCCCUACAUAUGUAACUUUUGACUGGUUUGGUAGCAUUAUUUUCACAGUCAUGACAUUCAUUUAUUCUUACAAUUGGAGCACUAUUACACUGUAUAUUUUUUGUGCUGGUAUAAACUAGAUGAUUUCAUUCCAUUCUCACUUACAGAUAACAUUUUGUUGGGAUCUUCAGAGAGGAAAGAUUGAAGUACAUGAUAGGGUUGUAAAUAGAGUAUUUUGGUGCCAAAUUAGUUUUUUCUAUUUAUAAAUAGAAAAAAAAUCUGUGAUCAGUUCUUUCUUACAAUUUUGAUAGAAUUUCUUAUUGUACUUACUGCUUUACUAACAGUUUACACCUUACUACUUUUUCAUUUAUUUCUGAUGUACUAAUGUAUAGAUUUUGAAUAUUUUUGUAUGUUAUUCAACAGGUCCAUUAGUAACUUGAACACUUACAAUGAGUCUGAAAUAAUCAUUUUGACACAUACGUACAUGAAUGAAAGUUUUAUUUUUUACCAAAGAAUUUUUAAAAGCGGGUGUACAUGUAACUUUGACAGUAUACAAGAUUAAAGAAUUGAAAUUACCUCUUAAGCUUGUAAAGAUAAUGUAAAUAUUUUUAUAUUUGUGAAUGUGUUCAAACUGUAUUUGCAGGGCAUAUUGCAUAUCUAAUUGUUGUAUUUUACCAAUUUUUGAAUAUUUGACAUGCUGGUCAUGUAAUUUCAAUGUGUUUUGAAAAAAAUGUUGUCAGUUGUAAUGGUGUUUCAUCGGUAUGAUCUUACAUUUUUACAAUAAUGAUAUUAAUUAAUUAGUUUUUCAGGGUUGGGGAGGAUGGGGGGGAUGAAGAAAAAGUGAAGGGAUUGUUAUAAUAUUGGUAUUGUCAUCAUUAGAAUCGUUGUUCUCUGUGUUGAAUGACUUGCACUUUUGCCAUCACGAAAUCAAAACUUAAGUCACAAUUGCUGCAGUUUAGAUCAAUCAAAAAUAAAACACAGGGCUUAAAAUAAAAAUAAAAAUGGUACUCAACUCGCAAUAGUUGAAGGUAACUUGCAUGUCCUUCUGUAAUUGAGAUAAGGGGGAUACAUUUUCAUAUAUGUUAAGAAAAUGUACAGUUAUAAAGUAACGUAAACAAAUCAUUUGUACAUUGCAAAGGAUGGAGAAUUCCAGGCAUACACUAUAUUUGUAAAUACUUGUAAAUUAAUUAUUAUUUUGGCUUAUUGUCUUACAUUUCACCUGCCAUACAUUGCCAUAAAUUGGUCAUUCCAGUCAUAUUAAAUUUGAUUUAUCCUCAUUAUUUUGUUGUUGUAAAUUGAUGUACAAUUCUAAAUGUUUGUUUUGUGUUGUCUAAUUAUGUCUUAACUCAAACAAUAGUUUUAUUGUUUUUAAUUAAUGGCUCCCAUAAAUUUAGUUUUCUGUUAGUGGAUCGAUAUUUUAAGUUGUUGUUGUGGGUUUCAUUCAUUUUAACUUAGUUGUUUCAGUUGGGAGAUAACAAGAAUAAUUUUGCAGUUGACUCAAGUUUUUCAGGUGUGGUUUUUAUUAAAAGUCGGAUCUAACACUUUAUUAUUGUAGUAUGAUAUUUUGAGGUAAUGCAUUAAGAAUCUGAGUUACUGUACAAUUUAGUCUCACACUUUUAUUAUUCAGAUAUUGACGGACUCAUUUUUUACUAUUUUUAUCUCUAUACUAGUUAAACAUAAAUGUAUGUUGUACCUAGUACCCAUGAUGUUAAAAAAGCAAGUAUGUAAUAUAAUUGUUUUGUACCAAAAAUGUCUUAAGAGGCAUUUCUGUGUUUGUACUUUAUGAAUAAUUUUCAUCCUUUAUUUUGAAUAAAACUGACAAUGAAUAACA